AGAGCUCAUUUUCUGUUUGCACAAUUGCCUGGCUCCUCUGGCCAAAGGGUGCUCUGCUUCUGGCAGCUGAGGAUCCCAGUAGACAGUUUCUUAAACCAUGGCCUUCCCUGUGGGAUUUGGAUGGGCGGCAGCCACUGCGGCUUAUCAAGUAGAAGGAGGCUGGGAUGCAGAUGGAAAAGGCCCUUGUGUCUGGGACACAUUUACUCAUCAGGGAGGAGAGAGAGUUUUCAAGAACCAGACUGGCGAUGUAGCUUGUGGCAGCUACACUCUGUGGGAGGAAGAUUUGAAAUGUAUCAAACAGCUUGGAUUGACUCAUUACCGCUUCUCUCUUUCCUGGUCACGUCUGUUACCUGAUGGGACGACAGGUUUCAUCAACCAGAAAGGAAUUGAUUAUUACAACAAGAUCAUUGAUGAUUUGUUAAAGAAUGGGGUUACUCCCAUCGUGACACUCUACCACUUUGAUUUGCCUCAGGCUUUAGAAGACCGAGGAGGUUGGUUGUCAGAGUCUAUCAUUGAAUCCUUUGACAAAUAUGCUCAGUUUUGCUUCAGUACCUUUGGGGAUCGUGUCAAGCAGUGGAUCACCAUAAAUGAAGCUAAUGUUCUUUCCGUGAUGGCAUAUGAGUUAGGUAUGUUUCCUCCGGGUAUCCCUCACUUUGGAACUGGAGGUUAUCAGGCAGCUCACAAUUUGAUUAAGGCUCAUGCCAGAUCCUGGCACAGCUACGAUUCCCUGUUUCGAAAAGAGCAGAAAGGUAUGGUGUCCCUAUCACUUUUUGCGGUCUGGUUGGAACCUGCAGAUCCCAACUCAGUGUCUGACCAGGAAGCUGCUAAAAGAGCCAUCAAAUUCCAUCUGGAUUUCUUUGCUAAACCCAUAUUCAUCGAUGGUGAUUAUCCUGAAGUUGUCAAGUCUCAGAUUGCCUCCAUGAGUCAAAAGCAAGGCUAUCCAUCAUCGAGGCUUCCAGAAUUCACUGAAGAAGAGAAGAAAAUGAUCAAAGGCACUGCUGAUUUUUUUGCUGUGCAAUAUUAUACAACUCGCUUAAUCAAAUACCAGGAGAACAAGAAAGGAGAAUUAGGUAUUCUCCAGGAUGCGGAAAUUGAAUUUUUUCCAGAUCCAUCUUGGAAAAAUGUGGAUUGGAUUUAUGUGGUACCAUGGGGAGUACGUAAACUACUGAAGUAUAUUAAGGACACAUAUAAUAACCCUGUAAUUUAUAUCACUGAGAAUGGGUUUCCCCAGAGUGACCCAGCGCCUCUUGAUGACACUCAACGCUGGGAGCAUUUCAGACAGACAUUUCAGGAACUGUUCAAAGAUAGCUUCAGGGAGGAUUCAAUAAUGAUUUUUAAAAACUGUCCCAGGAGAGAGCCAUGUUGGAAUAUUCAAGUGAUCAGAGGGAUACUGGAAUUGAAGCAAGCUAUCCAACUUGAUAAAGUCAAUCUUCAAGUAUAUUGUGCGUGGUCUCUUCUGGAUAACUUUGAGUGGAACCAGGGGUACAGCAGCCGGUUUGGUCUCUUCCAUGUUGAUUUCGAAGACCCAGCUAGACCCCGAGUCCCUUACACAUCGGCCAAGGAAUACGCCAAGAUCAUCCGAAACAAUGGCCUUGAAGCACAUCUGUAGGCAAGAUGGCUGAGAAAUACAGGAGAGGCCUCUGCUUUUGAAAAGGAGAUCUGCUUUGGUGAUGAUCUUUCAGGCAAUCUCAACUUACUUCUGUAAUCAACAUCUAAUAUCAGUGGAUCUGUGAUGAUAAAGUCUGAAUAUGUAAUGCCUCAUGAAGUGUUUAAUAAUGGCCUUUACUUUAUUUGCAUUCGGAUCAAUUAGGUUUUUAAAAAAAGUAGAAGAGAAAACCACUAACCUUGAUUUUUAUAUUGCAAAAUCAGAUAGACCUGGAAACGUAAAUUUAAAUCCUUAGACAUUUUUCUAGAAAAAAAAUGCAAAGUUUAUAAAGAUAAUAUACCCAUGAUUUGCAACUGUAACAGGUGAUCAUUUAUUAUAAGAGUACUUAAUCAUUCCGGUUCCAUAAGCUAUUUUUGCUUAGGAGAUCCACUGUCAUGUGAUCCAUAAUUUUUCUACAUAAAAAAUCAAAGUUAAAAGUUAGUCACAUUAUACAGUUAUGCAUUCAUUUCAACAAAAUAGUGAAUUGAUAAUCUAUUUGUUAAUAUAUUCGGCACAUAUUUUGUGUGUUUGGACAAGUACAUCUCCCUUUUGCCUAAUGAACUUUUGAAAAGUAAUAAAAUAAUAGAAUAAAUUAGACUUUCAAUGGCAGAAAAAGUAUUUGAGUGUUGAUGUUCAGUAAAAAACAGAUUCCUACUGCAGAGUGGUGCCAAAUUAAAAGCCAAGUGAUAAGCAGGGCAUAAUUUCCACUUUUGAAUAUUUCUUUAAAGUUUAGAACCUUAAGAACCUCGUGAAAAAUAACAUGAAGUGAAUGACCGACCUCAGUGUAGGCAAAGGUGGGGUGGGGAUUUAUUACCCUGGUAAUUGAAAUGUCUGAGGUUGGUAUGGGAUUGACUGGAGAUGGACAUUUUGCUGAACUUCCUAAGGUAGGGGUCAGGAGUAGAGUCAGGGCUCCUUCUGGACUCCAUGUCUCCCCUCCAGCAAACCCUUCACAUAUGUGGAGCUUGACCUUUCACAUCCAUAUUUCAGUAGAGUUCACUAAGCACCUAGUUACCUAUUAGACUUGAAGCUAAGAGGUGUAACUAUGAUCAUCCCCAUUUUGCAGACUGAGAAACUGAGGCCAUACUGUUGUGCAUCUUUCUCAAGGCAUUUGGGUUCUGAUUAACUGGACUUGACACUUCCUUGGCAUCAGCCCUAUUCUCACAUUGCGGCAAACUGUAGUUUGAGGUACCAUGGAAGUCUUCCCUGCAUUUUCUGAAGACAGGAACAAAGAAAUAGAGGUGUGGAGUUGCCUUAUGCAGGAGGAAGGGAAAAUGGUUUUUUGCAUUCAACCCCUGCUUCCCUGAGGAAACGGCACAUGCUUUUGGCAUUCUCAUAAGGCUUUUGGCCCUGAGCAGAUGCUCUGUCAUUUUUUUUUCUUUUAUAAACUGUGGUCAAUUUCUGGAUCGUUCUCAUGUUCAUAAUCAGGGAAUUAUUUACAGCAAAGAAACACACUCUCAGUAACUUUGGACAGAGUGAGAAAGAAAUGGUUGUAGUAGUUCAAUAAACAUGGAUGCACUGGGGAAAAUUAUAUUAAGAUUAAAAUGGUAUACAGAGGAAAUUCUAUUACAUCUUUGCCACUGGUUUGUUAUUUUUAUUGUUCAACAAGACAUUAUCUCACAAUUUGUGUUCAUUUAAGAAGCACAUUUCCAAAUCUUAUUUCAUUCCUCUCCUAUCCAGCCUGUCUUUUUCAUUUUUACCAUGUAUCUUAUUUACAAUUUAUGUGCCCUUUUAUUUUAUCUUGCAAGACAACUGAGUUUUCCUUUUAAUUAGGAUGUUGCUUUGAAUAUUACUUAUCCUACAGGGCAUAUUUACAAGUUUUACAACAAUACAAAUGAGCACUGUAGUUUUGUUACCAAAACCAAAAAAUUAAUAUUCACACUAUAAAUAAGACGAUCUGUCAUGUUUGGUCUACCAGGUGAAAUAAAGAUUCUAGCUGCUGGUGCCCAAGCUAA